AUGACCGGUCUGGUCGAGAAGCUCAGGAGGGUGCAAUGGCGCUCGUCGUGGAACACCUUCACGUCCCGCGUCCUGAGAACCAAACCCGUGGAGUCCAUGCUGGAUUCGUCCGCGUCCGCGUCGGGCACCAGCUCGCACGGCACCCGGCUGGCGCGCGUCUUGUCCACGGUGGACCUGGUGUCGCUGGGCGUGGGCAGCUGCGUCGGCACGGGGAUGUACGUGGUCUCCGGGCUGGUCGCCAAGGAGAUGGCCGGCCCGGGGGUCAUCGUGUCCUUCAUCAUCGCCGCCGUGGCCUCCAUCCUGUCAGGGGUGUGUUACGCAGAGUUUGGCGUGCGGGUGCCUAAGACCACGGGCUCGGCCUACACGUACAGCUACGUGACGGUGGGCGAGUGCGUGGCGUUCUUCAUCGGCUGGAACUUGAUCCUGGAGUACCUGAUCGGCACGGCGGCGGGGGCGUCGGCCCUCAGCAGCAUGGCGGACUCGCUGGCCAAUCACAGCAUCAGCGACUUCAUGAUAUCCCACAUCGGGACGCUCAGGGGUUUGGGUAAAGGGGAGCAGUCGUACCCGGACCUGCUGGCGCUGCUCAUCGCGCUGCUGGUGACGGUGAUCGUCGCUCUGGGCGUGAAGAACUCGGUGGGCUUCAACAACGUGCUGAACGUCAUCAACCUCGUCGUGUGGGUGUUCAUGAUGAUCGCCGGGCUGUUCUUCGUCAACGGGGACAACUGGGACGACGGGAAGUUCCUGCCCUUCGGCUGGUCGGGGGUGAUGCAGGGCGCAGCCACCUGUUUCUACGCCUUCAUUGGAUUUGACAUCAUCGCCACAACCGGAGAGGAGGCCAAGAGCCCCAACACCUCCAUCCCGUACGCCAUCACCGCCUCACUCAUCACCUGCCUCACCGCCUACGUCUCUGUUUCUGUGAUCCUGACUCUGAUGGUGCCGUUCGAUGAGAUCGACGCGGACGCCCCGCUCAUGGAGAUGUUUGCCGUGCACGGCUGCAUGUUCGCAAAGUACAUCGUGGCGGUGGGCUCCAUAGCCGGGCUCACCGUGUCCCUCCUGGGCUCCCUGUUCCCCAUGCCCAGGGUCAUCUACGCCAUGGCGGGGGACGGCCUGCUCUUUAAGUUCCUGGCCAAUGUGUCUUCCUACACAGAGACCCCUGCUGUUGCUUGUGUGGUGUCGGGCUUCCUGGCUGCCCUGCUGUCCCUCCUGGUAAGCCUCAGAGACCUCAUCGAGAUGAUGUCCAUAGGAACCCUGCUGGCCUACACCCUGGUAAGCCUGUGUGUCCUACUGCUGCGUUACCAACCCGAGGGCGACAUCCACGGCUUCGUGAACUUCCUGUCCGAGGAGCAGAACAACAAGAGGAAGGAGGGCGUCCUGGCCGAGUGCGAGAAAGACGCCUGCUCGCCGACCAGCGAAGCCGACGAGUACGGAGGCCCGGCCACCAACACCUGCGGGGCCAAGAACCUGCCGUCGCUGGGCGACAACGAGAUGCUGAUAGGCAAACCGGAUACGACCAGCUACGCCGCCAGCCACCCAAACUACGGCACGGUGGACAUGACCUCCGGCAUCGAGGCGGAGGAGUCAGAGGGCGGGCUGUCCCGGCGGCUGAAGAAGCUCAUUGGACCGCGCUACUACACCUUGAGGAUCCGAUUGGGCCUCCCGGGAAAGAUGGACAGGCCAACGCCCGCCACGGGGAAAACCGUGACCGUGUGCGUGCUGCUCCUCUUCAUAUCCGACUUUGCUUUCUGCUCCUUCAUCAUUUUUGGAGCGAGCAGUAUCGGGGAGGGUCGCUGGUGGGCUUUGCUGCUGUUAAUCGUCUUCGUCCUCUUCCUCGCCUUGCUCGUCGUCAUCAUCCUCCAGCAGCCGGAGAACCCCAAGCGGCUGCCCUACAUGGCGCCCUGCGUGCCCUUCGUACCCGCUUCGGCCAUGCUGGUCAACAUCUACCUCAUGCUCAAGCUGUCUGCCAUCACGUGGAUACGAUUCUCGAUCUGGUGCAUUGUGGGUGUGAUCAUUUACUUCGGCUACGGCAUGUGGCACAGCAAGCUGGAGAUCAAGGCCCGAGAGAACGAGGUGCACGCCUCCACCUACCAGCGCUACGACCAAGGCGUGGACGAGGGCUUCUGCGGCUUCGACGACGACUUCUACCCGUCCACCGCCGCCGCCGCCCCGCCCGCCAAGGCCGAACCCGAAGGCGACGGGGCGCCGCAGAAAGGCGGAGGGCGAGGAGGCGGCGGGACCGCGGCCAAUCACGGCCUCGCGGAGGAGGACCCCAUGGAUUUCUGA